UCUUUAUCCCGGUUGCGCCACUGUGAGGUACAGUAAUGAUAGACGGCUUCUAUGAACGACGAGCGAACUGACCUGAAUCUCGGGAUUGCAAGUUGACCUGGAGCUACUUGAAUUCAAUUGUUAUUAAUAAAUGCCACCAUGGUCGGCAGAAAUCCCAGUCCUCCUCGCCGACAACGAGCGUGCGCUCCUUGCGCAAGAGUCAAAGCAAAAUGUCACUUCCGGGAAGGGAAUCUGGAGAAGCACGUUUGCGAUAGGUGUGAGGCUAUGAAGAAGGACUGCUCUCCACAGGAUACGAGGAGCCUGAGAAGAUCCCGGAUAAUUAACCACGCAAAGGGGUAUGAUGACGUGAACUUGUAUGAGACGUAAAGCUGAUUACCAUGAACAUUAUAACUUCCGAAGAGCAAGAACAAGUCAUUGCUGUGGGAACAAAGAGUUCGCAAGAGUUUGCUAUUUUAAGCCAUAGAAACCGAGCGCAGCAGCCAGGCCGAGACAGCGAUAGCAACCAGGAAGAACUGGGAUAUGAUAAGUCUUCCAGGAAUCCAACCCAGGCAAAUACAAAUGUAGAUAGGGGCACUUCGAAGCCUCCAUUUGGGCUAUCAUGGCCACAAGCAGCUCAAGUUCUUAGGUUCUUCCAUGAAGAGUUCACCUCCCAGUUCCCCUUCGUGACAGUCGGGAGUCAUCACACUGCAGAAUCGCUGCACAAAAGCUGUCCAUUUCUAUUUCGUGCUAUCAUGAUUGCCGCUGCGCCAUUAUCUGAAGCCGAGGUGGCCAAAGCGAGACGCAACAUACUCGCAUAUCUGAGCUUCAGAGUAAUGGUCGAAGGAGACAAGGCCUUGGACAUACUGCAGGGUGUAUUGGUGAUUAUUGCUUGGGCUCACAGAUGUCACAUCGACAAUAGUCAGGUCAUAAAUCUGGCCUAUCUUACUCUUGGCUAUGCACAUAACUUGGGUGUCACACAAGACAUGUCAUCAGUUCAAAGAAUGAGCUCAGGAACAUCUGACAAAGAACAAAUGACAACACUAUUGGAGAAAAUACGAGCUCUUCUUGGGCUUUAUUGCGUUCUCUCAAUAAUCUCAACGAGACAAUCGCGAAGAAAUCCUCUCGACAUACCCAACAUGGAAAUUUAUCUCAAGAUUGUCUCCCAAGCACAGGCAACCCCAUCUGAUCAUUCAAUAGAGUAUGUCGUUCGGUUCGUUCAGAUGGGCGAAAGACUUUCAAGAAGCUUUGGCGAGCCACAUGAGCGUACGCUGUUGAGCCCAUAUGCUGUUCUUCUCGAAGGAACUGGAAGUCGUUUUCGCAACGACCUGAGCCGUCUAGCAGAGUCAGUCCCUAACGGCAAUGUUGAAACUUACGGCCAGACGUUUGAGCUUUACCGUUUGUACCUCCUAGUGCGUCUCUUUGAGCCAGCAAUUAUCGUGGCAUGCCACCCUGACGAGGGCGUUCCUCAAUUCGUCUAUCUUUUGACAUGCUUAAGCAACUGCCUUGACGCAAUGCAGUCUUUUUUCGACAUUCUUCUUGGCUCGCCCGUUGAUCUGCUAUUGCGCCGUUCAAUACUCACACACGAUCAAAUUCUCUAUGUCAUGUUACAAGCUGCAAAGCUACUUCUUGUUGAGAUUCCUGACUGGGAUACUAAGUCUAUUCGACAGACGUUGGAUCUCACCAACAUACUAGAUCAAAUGGUAUCAUGUUAUGAAGAAGCCACACGAUUGCGCAGGGCAGCGGUGAAACGAGUUGUCUUUUCAACACUCGAGGAAGAGUCCCCGAACGAGAUGACUAGCAUGUUAAAACUAAUAAAGGAAAUACGUUGGCUAAAAUGCUGGCUCGAGUCCAGAUUCAACGGGUCGUGGAGAGAAGUUGGGGAAGAUACAUAUCAGGAUGCACUGAAACCGACUUGGUCUCUAGGACUCUUGGAAGAGAUGCCAUGGAAGAUCUUAAAUCUCUGAUUGAUUUCUUUACUGGAGUCACUGCCCUUUAUCAACGACUGGGCCCUGGAGACGUGUAUAUGAUCUCAUUAAAGCAUGGGCGAGAGGCGGUUGAAGUGAGCAUCGGGAUUGCAGGGUAUCAUAUUUAAUCUCAGAGAAAGCUUUAGAAAACACCAUCAUGACUCCUAGAAAAUGCCAAUAUUCGCCAUCCA